AGUCUGGGGCUGGGAAAGGAUUCUGAAAACAGCUGUGCCUGCAACUAUCUGCUAGAUUUGAAACCUGAUUUCUCUUUGCAGUUUACCUGAGGUGCCAUUUCCUUAUAGUUUAUUACAUAUCAGGAAAUAAAAUUAAAUUUGGUUGCCUAAGGCAUUCCUCACAAUGAAAGCAAGAGAAUGAGCCAGCAUCAGCAGGACAAGUUGAACCAGCCUCCUACUCCACCUCUUUUUUUCUGUAGGAGCAAUAAGAUCAUUCAAGUCUACCCCUCCUACUUACCAUUGGAAACGUCACUGGAACACUGACACUGUGUCCAUUCAUACUUCUAAAAAAAAGAACUAAAAACCAGGACGUAAGUAGGAAUUCCAGCAUUGAUCAGAAUAUCCACACUUUAAAAAAUGCCUGACAUGCCAGUGACGCUACAAUACACCCCUCCAGAUGGAGGCUGGGGAUGGGUUGUAGUUUUUGCUUCUUUCAUUUCAAUUGGAUUUUCAUAUGCAUUUCCCAAAGCCAUUACCGUAUACUUCAAAGAAAUUCAGGAGAUAUUCAGCACAUCAUACAGUGAAAUUGCAUGGAUAUCAUCUAUUAUGCUGGCCGUUAUGUAUGCUGGAGGUCCAAUAAGCAGCAUCCUGGUAAACAAGUAUGGCAGUCGUCCAGUUGUAUUAGCAGGAGGUUUGCUAUGCUCCUUGGGAAUGAUUUCUGCUUCUUUCUGCAACAGUGUCCUUGAGCUAUACAUAUGCAUUGGUGUUGUUGGUGGUUUUGGAUUAGCAUUUAAUCUUCAGCCUUCUCUAACAAUUAUUGGAAAGUAUUUUUUCAAAAAACGCCCAAUUGCAAAUGGACUGGCUAUGGCAGGAAGCCCAGUAUUUUUGAGCACAUUAGCUCCUCUUAAUCAAUUUUUGUUCAAUAUAUUUGGUUGGAGAGGGAGUUUUUUAGUUUUAGGGGGGCUCCUAUUAAACUGCUGUGUGGCUGGAUGUCUCAUGAGGCCAAUUGGACCUAGACCAGUAAACAAAGAUGUGGAGAAGGUGCAACAAAAAGCUGAUCAGAACCAAAACACUAAGUUGACAGUAUGCCAGCAUAUUAACAAAUAUUUAGAUUUGUCACUUUUUAAACACAGGGGGUUUCUUAUUUAUUUAUCAGGGAAUGUCAUCAUGUUCAUUGGAUUCUUUGCUCCAAUAGUUUUCCUAGCACCCUAUGCUAAGCAUAUGGGUAUUGAUCAAUAUUCAUCUGCAUUUCUUCUGUCCAUUCUAGCUUUUGUAGAUAUGUUUGCAAGGCCUACAAUGGGAAUAGUUGCAAACUCUAAAUACAUUCGUCCAAAAAUACAAUAUUUUUUCUGUUUUGCCAUUAUGUACAAUGGUAUUUGCCAUGUUUUGUGCCCAUUAGCUAAUGACUAUACUGGACUAGUGGUCUACUCAGUAUUUUUUGGCUUUGCCUUUGGCAUGGUAAGCAGUGUAUUAUUUGAAACAUUGAUGGACAUUGUGGGAGCAGCAAGAUUUUCAAGUGCUGUUGGACUUGUAACCAUUGUGGAAUGUAUCCCGGUUCUUAUUGGGCCACCUUUAGGAGGUUGGUUGGUGGACAUAACUGGAAACUAUAAAUACAUGUACUUUGUAUGUGGCGUAAUUGUGAUUGUUGCAAGUAUAUGGUUAUUUAUUGGAAAUGCCAUCAAUUACAGACUACUGGCAAAGGAAAAGUUGGCAGACGAAGCAAAAAAUACAGCAAAAGAAACAGAACCUUUGAAGAGCACAGAACCCAUUGAUGUUGUGAAAAAGCAAUCGAAUGCAGAAAACAAUUCAAAAGAAAGGGAAACUAGUAUAUAAAAGAACUGUAUUAAAAUGAUUUAUUUUUGUAAACAUAACACAAAAAGGUAUCACACAAAAUGCUACCAUAGGUUUUAACAGGUAAACAUUGAGGGAACUUAAAUCACUUACCAUCUACAUAAAAUUAAAAUACCAAACUUCAGGGAAAUAAGUGUGCAUUUGAGUUAUCUUGCUAAAUAAAAACCAAAUCCAUUUUCUAUAUAUGUAGAAUGUUACUAUAUUUUUUUUAUUUUAUAUUGUUGUGGUAUUGAAAGCAUACUAUCUUGACUUAUCUAAACUUUAAUUGUUUUUAUUUAACAGCAUUUUGCAUUGAUUAUUUGUACUUUGAAAUUAUAUAACUGCUAAAUAACUUAGAAUGUACUUCUUAUAACAAUUUCUAUUAUAUGUAAAUGGUUUUCAUAUUUAAAUAUUUAGACAAAAUAUUUAGAUUGUUAGCUCAUACCGUCCUCUCCUCCCCACUACUUGUAAUGUCACCAAAUGAUGCGUAUUUGGGUAUUAUGACAGCUGAUGUAGAAAUGUUUAUAGAUCUUGUUCAUGUCCUGCAAUGUUUUGUACUAUAAGUCACUUUUUUUCUUGCUUUGUCCAUUCUGGGGCAGAUUUAUUAAGCUCGG